ACACCUUUUUUUUUUCUUUUUGCUUCUUCCAAAUGCAACCAUGUCUUUUCCUUCUUCUUCACUUCUCUUUCUCCUCUUCUUUUUCUUGAAUCCAUUAAUCACUUCUUCUCAAAAAACAAUAUCAUUUUUCAAUUCCAAAAAUACCUCUUGGAAUCCAAACCAAAACCAAAUCCUUAUUUCACCCAACUCCACUUUUGCAGCUGGCUUUUACCCAAUUUCCAAUAACUCCUUCACUUUCUCCAUUUGGUACAACAAACUCCCCCAAAACCCCAAAACUAUAGUUUGGUCCAUUAAUUUCCCACUUAAUUCCAAUUCUACCCUUUUCAUUUCUCCCUUAGGUGAACUAAAAUUAACCCAAACCCCAUCCACGUCAGCUCCAAACUUAUGGCCCACAAAUACCCAAAAAAACACGUCAGCUAUCCUUGUUUUAACAGAAUACGGUAACUUAAUUUACGGUAACUGGAACAGUUUCUUAAGCCCAACUGAUACUUAUCUUCCAACCCAAAACAUUACUGGAACGAAUUUAACGUCGGGUAAUACAAGAUUCCAAUUUAGUGGGGCCAAUACGCUUUACUACGACGGAAACAAUAGUUAUUUCGAUUUUCAAAAUAAUGCCCUUCAGCGUUUAGAAGAAACAGGUGACGUUAUUCAAACUAAUGGAAAAUUUUACUCAUCCGAUUUCGGCGAGCCAGGGAAAUUAAGAAGGUUGAAGCUGGAUAAUGAUGGGAACUUGAGAGUUUACAGUUUUGAUUUCAAUUCAAGAAAUUGGACUGUUGUUUGGCAAGCCAUUUAUGAGUUAUGUACAAUACAUGGUACGUGUGGUACAAACUCUAUAUGCAUGUAUGAUACUUCUACAACUCAAACUUCUUGUGUUUGUCCACCUGGUUUUAGGAAGACAAACAGUAAAUCUUGUGAGAGGAAAAUUUCGAUGACAAAGGCCACCAAGUUUUUACCUCUUGAUUUUGUUAGUUUUACUGGUGUGGGUAACCAAACAGACCUUAAAGUUUCGAACUUUUCGAGUUGUGAAAAGAAAUGUUCGGAUAAGGAUAAUUGCUUAGGUUUUAUGUUCAAGUAUGAUGGGACUGGCUAUUGUGUGCUUGUAUUGGAGAAACUGUUGUAUGGAUAUUGGUCACCGGGGACUGAAGUUGUUAUGUAUUUGAAAGUCGAUAAUAGAGAGACCGAUCUUUCGAAUUUUAAAGGCAUGACUAGUUUGAUGGAAACUUCAUGUCCAGUGAAAAUUAGUCUUCCAUUUCCACCAGAAGAAUCUAAGGCAACCACUAGAAAUAUUGCGAUCAUUUCGACUAUUUUUGCAGCUGAGUUGAUUAGUGGAGUUUUCUUCUUUUGGGCAUUUCUCAAAAAGUAUAUUAAGUAUAGGGACAUGGCUAGGACUUUUGGUCUUGAAGUCAUGCCCGCGAUUGGACCGAAAAGGUUUAGUUUUUCUGAGAUAAAGAAUGCAACUAACAAUUUCACUGAUAAAAUUGGGAGGGGUGGAUUUGGUGAUGUUUACAAAGGAAAGUUGAGUGAUGGUCGGGUUGUCGCCGUGAAGUGCUUGAAGAAUGUUAAAGGCGGUGAUACUGAGUUCUGGGCCGAGGUCACGAUCAUUGCACGGAUGCACCAUUUGAAUUUGGUGAGGUUAUGGGGCUUUUGUGCUGAAAAAGGUAGAAGGAUACUUAUAUAUGAGUAUGUACCUAAUGGUUCAUUGGGUGAAUUCUUGUUCCAAAAGGCUCCGAUCGGGUCACCAGACCAACAGAAACCCAUACUUGAUUGGAAUAUCAGGUAUAGGAUAGCACUUGGCGUGGCACGAGCAAUUGCCUAUCUACAUGAAGAGUGUUUGGAAUGGGUAUUACAUUGUGAUAUCAAGCCUGAAAAUAUUCUCUUAGGCGACGAUUUUUGCCCAAAGGUGUCUGAUUUUGGGCUAGCGAAGCUAAAGAAAAAAGAGGAGAUGAUGACCAUAUCAAGAUUUCGAGGCACACCAGGAUACGUAGCACCGGAAUGGACCAAGGCUGACCCAAUCACUCCGAAAGCUGAUGUGUAUAGUUUCGGAUUGGUGCUGUUUGAGAUAGUUUCAGGUUCAAGGAACUUUGAGCAACAUAACUCGAAGGUGGAAAGCGAUCAAUGGUUUUUCCCUGCUUGGGCAUUUGAUAAGGUGUUCAAAGAGAUGAAUGUUGAUGAUAUUUUGGACCCUCGAAUCAAACAUUCAUAUGACUCGAGAGCACACUUUGACUUGGUGAACAGGAUGGUGAAGACAGCAAUGUGGUGCAUCCAAGAUCGUCCAGAUGCACGACCAUCAAUGGGGAAAGUGGCCAAGAUGUUGGAAGGGACAGUUGAGAUCAUCGAGCCAAAGAAGCCUACCAUUUUCUUUUUAUCAGAAGAAUAAUAUAUAGCUCCAAUCCUGUUUAUGAUUUCCUUAAAAUGCUGUCUCGACUAGUUGCAGCGAGCAUGUAUUCCCUAUUACGUGUUGUAUAUUAAUAAAAAAGUAGAUGGGAAUCAGGAUCAUGUUGUGUGUUUUGUCUUUUUUUUUUUUUUUUUUUUCAGUCUUGUAAUCUUGAUUGAGUUGUAAUUUUAAAGUAUAUUUUGAUCAAUGAAGAAGUACCUGGUUGUUUGGUAAGAA